AGAGCAGAACUGGCAGCCGUGAUCUGAGGAGGACACGGAGGCAGCAGAGACCAUGGUGUUCCCCUCAGCACCUCCCUGCACACAGCCCAUCACCUGGCAGGGGUUCCUGCUCACAGCAUCACUUUUAAACUUCUGGAGCCCACCCACCACUGCCCAAGUCAUGAUUGAAGCCCAGCCACACGUUGUUUCAGAGGGGAAGGAUGUUCUUCUGCUUGUCCACAAUUUGCCCCAGAAUUCUAUUGGCUACAGCUGGUUCAGAGGGAAAAUUAAGGACAUCAACUAUUACAUUACAGCUUAUUUAAUAGAAACUGACAUAACUAUAUUUGGGCCUGCAUACACUGGACGAGAAACGAUAUAUCCCAAUGCAUCCCUGCUGAUCGAGACGGUCACCCAAAAUGACGCAGGACCCUACACCCUGCAAGUCAUCACGCAAGGUGAUAGGAAUAAUGGAGAAACUGAACAUUUCACCUUACACCUGGAGACUCCCAAGCCCUCCAUCACCAGCAGCAAGUCAAAAUCCAGGAAGGCUAACGCUGUGACCUUAACCUGUGAACCUGAGAUUAAGGACGCAAACUACCUGUGGUGGAUAAAUGGUGAGAGCCCCCCAAGCAGUAGCAGGCUGCAGCUGUCCAAUGACAACAGAACCCUCAUUCUAUUCAGUGUCACGGAGAAGGAUGCGGGAGUCUAUGAAUGUGAAGUGAAGAACCCAGUGAGUGCCAGCCGCAGUGAUCCAGUCAUCCUGAAAAUCCUUCAUGGCCCAGACUUCCCCAGAAUUUCUCCUUCAAAAACCAUUUACCGUCAAGGAAGAAACCUCCACCUCUCCUGCUUCGCAGACUCUAACCCGCCGGCAGAGUAUCGUUGGAUGGUUAACGGGAUGCUUCGGCCGAAAGGACAAGAGAUCCAUGUCCCACAAAUCACUACAAGGAACAGAGGGCUCUAUGGUUGUUUGGUUCAUAACUCAGCCACUGGCAAGAGAAACUUGGUAUUCAAGGAAAUCAAAGUGGUUGGUAAGUGAGUCCCAGCAUCAUUGGCAAUAGGUUUUUAGAUGGAGUCUAUCUGGCUUUCAGAGAGUCAGGAAAACAUGUUUAUUCCCAGCCUGUGUCCCGUAGGCACAGGCAAAUUUGAAAUUCUCCUCCUGAACCCACCCAAUUUGUCUCUACAGACACCGUUUUCCUUAUUUCUCAUGACCGACCUUGUGUCCAGCCUGAGCAAAGUAGGGAGGGGGCUUGUCAGCCCUGAGCCCUAUGUGGUGGAAGAGGCUUCACAGAGGGACAAGAAGGAGCAUCCUCGAGAUCAGUUGCUUCUCGCUGUCACCAACACAUCCCUUUCUGUCACGUCUUUGUUUUCUUUUACCUACUUCAUGAGCUUCAAGAAACAUCUGAGGCUUUGAAACAAGCUCAUACUUUUCCCCCACAUGAGAGGAGGAAGCCCCUUGGAUGAGGGAGGAGCAGCUCAGACUCUGCUCCCUGCUCUGCUCCAGGCUCCUCUGUGACUGGCCCUGCCUGACUGCACCUGGGGUGGGACCAGUGUGUGUGGAGAAAGAGCCCCGGUGGCCUGUUCUGAAUGUGGCUAAGUCGAGUUGCCAGUUGAAGCCAAGUGUCCCCUGGGUCAGG